AACCUUAAAGAUAUUUUCUUAUUUUCCAGGAAUUACUUGCAUGAAUUUACUAUAAAAAGCAAAGACAAUUUUAUUUCAUUGUUUAAACACAAACCGCAGGGGCAACGAAAGAUAAAUCUACACAUGCAGGAGUUACAUUUCUUUAAUCGACUUCUUCAGUCUUUGGAGUCACGUAACCCACAUAGUAUAACCGAUACCCGGAUGUAAACAAAAUGGAGGACUUGCAAAGACAAUAACAAAACUUUUGUCAAAAGCAUGUAAAACCUCCUGCAUUCGUUUAUUAUUAUGGCAUAUAACUCGAAUUUCAAACCAUUUCACGAUCCUAAAAAUGAAAAAUCAUUCCAUAACAAAGUUGGAACUAACUACUCCGCGUUAUCAACAGAAGGGACGAAUGCUGUGCAACUGCAGAGAGAACCUGGUCCAGUAUCAAAUAAAUGCCAGGAAAACUGGGGACCAUAUGUACACAAACAAGGCAACCUCUUUUAUGUUGAUGUUAAAGAAGAGAACAGAAAUAAAAGUAAUUACCAGGAAAGAGGGCAUGUUUCAGACUGGUCCCCGAACUGUCAUGGGGAUCGUUCACAGCCACUGAUAUCUGAGGAUUUGUAUUCUCAUAGAGAUCGUUAUCAUCUGGGAAGUAACAAUCAGCCUGUAUUUACCAAGAAAGCUGUUGUUGAAACAAACUCCAGUAAAAGUGAAAUACAAGUUACAGGAAGUGGUUACAAACAUUUUAAGCCUAAAAUUUUGUUUAGUGAUCAGAACUUGUUAAAGGAGAAUGACUUUAAUUCAGAAAAUCGUGUUGAAAGUGAUUCUCAUCAAAAGUUAAGUAAUGGCCAGAACCACACUUCUUCAUCUCCACAAAAUGAUGAUAAAAUCAAGCAUGUUUAUUUGGUACCAAACAUAAGAAACUGCUCUUCAAGUGAUAAAUCUGGAAUUAUUUUGUGUGAAAAGCUUUUUGGAAUUGUGUUGUGCCAAUAUAACCAAAGGACUCCUCAACCUAUGCUUAAUGGUACCACAUUAGAGAAACUUGUAAGAGAAAGGAAAAUCAUUGUUCAAGAUGUCUUACAGGCCAGUCCAGCCAAGCAAUCUGCUCAGAUUUUCAGAGGAGAUAUGUUGGUAUGUUUAAAUGACAUCGAAAUAACGUGGAUGAAUCUGGAUGAAAUUUUUAGAUCCAUCACAAACAGACCAGUGAAGCUUACUUUCCAAGUUCCUGUGGUUAUUGGACCAGAUAAAAACCCACCCCCCUCUCGAGUCCCUCCUCCUCUACCUCCCAAAACAUACCCCCACAAAGUCAGUACAUGUACGGUAGUCCCUACUUCACCACAUCAACCUAUAAGGAAACAACGUCCUCAGCUGGGGGAAAACAUCCUCCAGUUAGUGUCUGGUGAAGACAAAUCCAAACUUUUCUCAUUUUUAAAGAAUGUGCUGUGUGCUGUCUUGUACUUGACGUUAGACCCCCUGGAAUCCAGUGAGUCAUCAGAACACAGUAAACAAGACAUUGUCUAUCAGUUUCCCUGUGAUCUUGAGAACAAGCUUGUUGAUGCUAGGGGAUUAUUUCUGACUCUCUGUGGAACUGUUCCUGAUGUUACCGGCAAUAAUGUUAAAAGUUGUACUGUUAACCACAAGGGGCAGAUUAUCCAAGUAGUGUUCAUUAGAGAGGGACAAGAUUUGUUCCUGAUAGGGUUUCCACACUCCAGAGUUCCUUUGGCGUUUUGUGAAGUCAUCAUGAAGGAAUUGCAUAGAUUGCUGAAGGUGUUGUUUGGUUCUGUGGUCAGUGCUUUCCGUUCCCCGAAGUUUCGAGUGCAGCUGGAUCAGCUUUUUUCCCUAACACUCCACACAGUCCUUCAGAAUCCAGACAUCAUUCAACAUGGACCAAACUCCAGUGUUGCAACUCAAAUAUUCUAUGAAUCAAUAUCUGGAGCUCAGAGUCUCAGCCUUACUCAGGAAAAUUUGUUACUCUGUGAUGAAAUAUUGAGUGAAUUUGAAGCAGCUGAUUUUGAUGAGUUUCUGGAGGAUGAAGAACUGUGUGAAAGAAGAGCAUUUACUGUAUUAGGAACCUGUUUGUAUUACAAAGAAUAUCUCCUUUGUAAUCAUCUUCCUGCGUCAGAUUUUCAUGAUGUCCAUCUGUUUGUUAAAUAUCACAGCCUACUUCAGCUUAUGGCUAAAAAAAGUGUAGAGGAUUUGGUAAUUUGGAGGGAAAUGUUCCCCACACGGCGAUGUCAUAGUCGAGAGGCCCCGCCCCCAGGAUAUUCAGAACCUACUGGACACUGGUUCUUACUUCUAGUUGGAAUGAAACAUUUUUUAUUGGGUACUUUGCUGGAGAUGGGAGGUUGUACAAAAACACGGAAUAUCCCACUCUCUCCAGAUCCAUUCUAUGUCAGUCAAGCUAAAGCCACACUACUGCAGUUUGAGACUGAUGAUGUUGCAAUGGCCCAGACCUGUGAAAAACGGUUGACAGCAGAGUCCAGUGGACCUACAUUGAUUAGUGCUGAUUCCAUGUUGCUGGGUGUUAAACCAAAGAAAGAAGAUGGUGCGUUUACUAGUUCAGCCAAAGUCCAAGACUCCCCUAAAAGCCCUGCCACACCCAUUCUGUCACCUACUUACUCUAUCCUAUUUAAGUGGCCACUCUCUCCAAAUAAUGAUAUCAAAACUGGGUUGACUGAGGAUUUCUCAGACCAUAACAAGGGUGGAUCCAUAACUGAUAUCUCCACCCCUGUAAUGAAACGCCAUGGGAGUCGCCUGUCAUAUGGCUCAAAUGAUUCAGCAGGAAGUGGAAGCAGUUCUGGGCCACAUAAUAAGGGAAAAAUGGGCAGCAAGUCUGGGUCAGUUUUAGAGGUCAAUAACAGUGCAAUCAGUCCUGAACCACAGAAAAUAAUCAGAAUUACCAGGGGGUCUCAGAACUCACUGUUCCACAUUAUUCAGUUUGAUGGCGUAGAGGGAGUGUUCAUUUCUCCCACCCCCCAGGCCAUGGCUGCCUCUCAGGGACAGAUACAUUGCCAAGUCCUUACAAACUUCUACAAGAGUUGUCUACAAAUACGCAAGUCAUUUCACAGCAGUCUUACUCAGCUUGCCAGUCGGAGUCAGAAGAGUUUUAAGAGGGGAAUGGCUGUGGUAGACCACCAGGAGCAAGGAUUGCUGUUUAGAUAUGUACAGCCUCAAGAAAAUAAAAAACCACCCAUAACUCUGAUGUACUGGGUAGUGGGGCGACUGUUAAAACAAGACAGGGAACUAUAUGUGUGUUUUCAUGAAUCUAUUCCUCAAUCUACUGUGGAGCUAGCCUUCAGGGUUGGAUUUGGUACAUGAUGGCAUAUCGCAAAGUUCUACAUGUGCCAUAAAGUUGCAGAUCUGAUAAGCAGGAUACACCACUCAACAAAACCUUUUUUUCCAUGAAGUGUCUGUACCGUUUGGAGAUUUACUCUUGCCACAAGGAAGUAGUGACAGAGUUAGAAUUGAGAUAAGAACACAGUGUUCAAGUUAUCAACAGCAAUCAUAACUACACAAAUAAUUCAGAGUAUCUAGUUCUCAUAUACAGGUCUAGGAAAUCUGCCAGCAGCUAGUUAUGAUACUAUAGGCACACUUUCUUAUUUUCUCUGUGAUAUACAUGUUGUCUGUGGUAACCAUGAAUGAUAUUUGUUUUAUUUAAUAUAUUUCUUUUAUAAGGUCAUACAAAUUUGUGGUGCUACAUCUCACAAAAAUCAUUUCAGUUUUUAUUGUCAUUUUGAAUCCAAUAUGUAUUUUGUGUCCAUUACAAAAUUCAUUUUAUUUGUUGAUAUACAUGUACUUUAAAUUUUGUUUUUCAAUUGUUAUUCAAUACACGUACUAGUACCUUUCCAGAGAUUGUAUGGGCAAAUGUCGGAAGAGAGAAUGUGACAAUACUAUUUUGAUGACUUCCAUGAACUGCAGAUUAUAAAGGUCUUUCAAGAUCAGUCUGUAACCUGCAGGUUCAUUAAGCUGUUUUAUUUGAAGGGUAGCUACAAUGUAUCCUAUCAGAAUACUGUAUUUCUUUCUGUCAGUUUGACUUUGGUGUAAAGACCCAAUUUUAAGAAAGAAAUGAUGGCUAAUGAAGUCAAAGUAAUUACAGGUCAAAUCAUUAAAGUAGGUAUUUAAAUAAUUUCAAAUUUUGAAUUGAUUUAAAGAAAGGAAUCAAUCGAUAUAUAUAUUUUUUAAUGGAUGAUUGAAUUUGUAAUAUAUUUUAUUUUGGCCAUAUUGCACAAUGUGCAAACGGCUUAUAAAAUGGUGAAUGGUGGGAGGGUGUCCCUGUUAUAGGGUACCUACUUUGUGUAAUCAACUCUCACACCUCUAGCUUGACGUUCCUCAAUCUUUGUACAGUGGUUAUGGAUACAUUGAAGAUGUGCAUGUGCCUUUUUGAAAGUGAUGAGACAUUUUGCAAAAAAUUUACAUGUAGGUGAACUGAGUCAUUUUUUAAACAUUUCUUGAAUAGACAGUACCUAUUUUGUGUAAUCAACUCCUUUUAAAUACCUCUAACUUGACAUUCCUCAAACUUUGUACAGUGGUUAUGGACACAUUGAAGAUGUGCAUGUGCCUUUUUGAAAGUGAUCAAACAUUUUUCGAAAAAUUUACACUAACUCCUCUUACAGCAUUUAUUUAACAUCCUUCAGACCUUGUACAGCUGUUAUGGAAGCAUUAAAAAUGUUCAUGUGUCUUUUUGAAGUGAUCGGACAUUCUUUGAAAAAUUGAAAUGUACAUGAUGAAGUUGAACUUUGUCAUUUUUAAGCAUGGUACCUACUUUGUCUAACCAUCUCCUCUCACAGCUUUUACUUAACAUUUUUCAGACCUUGUACAUUAUAGAUGUUUAUAAAAACAUUGAAGAUAUACAUGUGACAUUUUAAAAGUGCUUCUGGUUUUUUUUGGGAAAAAUUCUACAUUUAAUGUGUCACUUUUCCAGUUUGUUUUGUACUGCUGUCUCUGAUCAAUAACAUAUUCUAAAGCAAUCCAGCCAUUUCUGUUCUUGAAUCAAUUUUCCUUGUAUAUUUUGGUGUAUAACAAUCAGCAGCUAGCACCAGGUAGACCCUGGUAAAUAACACCUGUUUUCAAUAGAUCAGCCUACUUUUUCAGGAACUGUAUGGUCAUGAAUUUCUGUUAUCAUGCCUUCUUUGUAAAAUCUAUAAAACUUAUUAUUAUUGAAUAGUGGUAAUAAGAUUUUUAAAAUUCUGCAGUUAUUUCUGCAGAAAGAAACAUAGAAUUAUAUAUUGAGGUCUGUAUGAAUAAUGUUAAUAUUGAUAAUGUAUAGUGGUGUUUACUAGUUCUGUGGGUUCUACAAUCAAUUAUACCAAAGUUACUUACAUUCACUGUUCUUUGUGUUACCGGUUUUUUCUCAUCAUUUCAUUGAUUUUGUAGUGUUUGAUACACAAUUCAUCUUGAUUAUUGGCAAUAAGUCAAUUAAAGCAUGUCUUUAAUGUCCACUUUAAUUCAAACUGGGAUCAAACUAAUGAUUCCAUCAAUAGAAUAUGCAUUAAUCAGUUAGAUCAUGUCCAUAAUAUAAAUUAUUGCUUAAUUUAAAACUUGUAUAUACAUAUACGUGUGUUACUAAUGCCAUGUUUGUGAUAACCAGUUCUUCCAGGAAUAUUAGUAUGAUCUGUGACAUUUUAUAUCUUACUUUCAUUGCUAUGUUUCCGGCCAGCCUACCAGUAGUACUGCUACAUACAAACGUAUACACCAAUCGGUGUUACAACUCCUUAUUAUGUUGUUUGAUGUUAUAUAUUUAUUUCAUUGUUUUGAUUUAAAUAUAAACUAUAAUUUGAUAAAUUCA